GGACAUUUUCAAAGAAAACGUGUACAGGAUCUAGCGCCGGAAAUGAUUUAAACAUAGCGUUAAGUGCUGAAAACGAAUAAAAUCUAUGAAAUCGAAAAUGUGAACACAGGCCGCUACGACACACAUACACUCAAGCACACUCACACACAGACGCACACACAUAUUCGCAAUGACCCCAAAGGAUGUCGAGCUGUGGAAGCCCAUAGUAAUACGUUGUUGUUGUUGCCCUUGUCAAUUGGGUCUGUUUUGUCGUCAUAGAUUGGGUCGAUGAAUGGCAGUAGCAGCGGCGCUCGGGCGCAGGAUGCUGUUAUUGAGAUUCAUAGAUAACAAAGAGAAAUGAAGACGUCAGCAUCGGAUGAAGUGGUUGUGGAAGUGCGGUCGGGGGCUCAGCCUCAACCUCAACAUGCCUGCCUAAUUAGUGUGACGCAGGCGACAACCGCGGCGCUAUUGGCAACUUUUUCUUUAUUUAUGCUGUGAUAGUGAAAUACCAACAACAACAACAAAAACAAACGCCAAGAAUCAAACGCAAUAUUUUCGCUGAAGCAGGGUUAUAAAUAAAAGACAUAGAUAAAUAGACAAAAUAACCAAAUACCAAAACAACCUAAAGCUUUAACCAAAACACCAAGCAAAGUGCAGUUUGCAAAAAAAAAAAACAUUACUUAAUAUUAAUCGAACGGAACAUAGUGAAAAGAAACAGCACCAAUUAGCGGAUAACCCAUAAAUAAUAUUAGUCAAUAUGUUUAGCUAGUUACAAUUUAUACAUAACAAUUAUUUAGUGGCUUUAAACAAAACACCAAACAACCAAACACCAAAAAGAAAAAAAAUAUACCAAAAGCAAAGUUCAAUUUAUAAAGAACUAACGAACAUACGUUUAGGGAAAUACAAUAUAGAUAAGCUUAUUUCGGAUAUUAAGUUUAGGGGAAAUAUACAUAUAAAUAUAAAAAGUCAAACCGCCAUUACACCACCACCGCCCCCUCUUCGAAAAGACCAAAAUCAAAUUCAUUCAGAAAACGUGCCAUUAACCGGACAGCCAAAUGUCAAAGUCAUAAAUAGAGCGAGAGAAAGCACAAUUGAAAGAGAUUGCGCACGAGAGCGCCUAAAAGCACACACUAAAUAAAGCUCAGCUCAGCUUUGCUACGCUUAGCGAAGACACAAACCAAAACAAUAAGAAAUGGCGACAACAACAACGACAGCAACUCACGACGAUGCCAGCAGCAUGAGCGACGAUGUCUUCGAGGAUGCGGAAACGACAAAAGCACGCAUCGAGGAGCUGCGUCGUCGUCCCUUCGGCGAUGGCUGUUACAAUCCACCCGCAGCGCCCAUUUCACAACAUCAGCAACAACAACAACACCACCAGCAUCAUCAUCAUCAUCAUCCCAAUAUCAAUCACAACAACAGCAGCAGUCAACAGAGUUUAACGAGCAGCCAGCACUACCAUGACGAUGCCAUCAUGGCGCCAGUACAGCGCACUGCCAGCGGAUAUCCGGGAUAUCGUCCUUCUCGCGAGGCAAUGCAACUUUAUGCCUAUGGGAAUGCGGACUAUGGAAUGGAGGAUGACUACGAUGAUGGCUGGCGCUCCUAUCGAUACGAUGAGGUGAACAUGCAUCAGGCACCGCCAACAGCAGCCCAACUGCAGCCCUUCGAUGAUACCAUCAAUCAUAAGACGAUCCUGCUGGGCGAUUCGGGUGUGGGCAAAACCUCCUUUCUGGUUAAAUACAAUACGGGCGAGUUUCGCUUGGGAUCCUUCUCGGCCACCGUUGGAAUUGCUCUGACGAACAAAGUUGUCGUCGUCGAUGGAACGCGCGUCAAAUUGCAAAUCUGGGACACCGCUGGACAGGAGCGCUUCCGGAGUGUGACGCACGCCUAUUAUCGCGAUGCCCAUGCAUUGCUGCUGCUUUAUGAUGUUACCAAUAAGACCACCUAUGACAACAUACGCGCCUGGCUGGGCGAGAUACGUGAGUACGCGCAGGAGGAUGUGGUCAUCGUUUUAAUAGGCAACAAGGCCGACUGCGGCAGCAGCGAGCGGCAGGUGAAGCGCGAGGAUGGCGAACGCCUUGGACGUGAGCACAAUGUGCCGUUCAUGGAGACAUCGGCGAAGACGGGACUCAAUGUGGAGCUGGCAUUCACAGCGGUCGCCAGGCAGCUAAAGAGUCGCGGUUACGACCAUGGCGAUGAUGGAAAAUUCAAUGUGCAUGAUUUUGUGCGUGACAAUACAAAGGCUCGAUCUGUUUGCGCUCAGUGCAGGAACAUGUAAUUUGUUUAUGCCUCACAGCACAAUGAAAACUUGCACAAAAAAACCCAACAAAACGAAGCUCACAAAACAAAGCGCAAAUUUGUACAACAAAAAGUAUAUUACAAAAGCAAAAACAAAACCAAAAACAAUAACGACAACAACAAAAAGGAUAUUGGCUAUUGAGAGAGAGCAUGCGUUGGCAACAAUUUUUUAAGGCCCUAACCGUCGUGUCAGAGCAUUUUGUAUGUAAAUUGGAAUUUGAAAGGGAAGGGAAAAGGGAUUGGGAAUGGGAAACGGGAAGUACAUGGAUACUCUCGCAUUUUGGGAAUGUAUAAUUUUUUACAAAAUUGCUCGCAAUGUGGGGGGGAAAAGCUGUGUGCAUUGUUUGGCCGUUUUGAUAGCAUAAAUAUUGAUUAAUAUAUACAUUGAAUACAUAUAUACAUACAUACAUAUAUAUAUAUCUAUAUACAAGUGCAUACUUUAUUUUUGGUAGGGACAACGGUAAAAGUCCCUAUGAGAAGAGAACUCUUGGUGGAAAUUCUGAAAGCGCAGCAAAAUCAUGCUACAUUGAGAUUUGUCCAACACGUCGUCGAGACUAUUGCGAUGUGGAAAUUCGUAUCUAUUAUAAUAGCGCUGUUAGUGGCCAUACAAUAUGUGAAAUAUAAACAACAAAUUGAAUGUAACAAUACAUACAUACAUGCAUAUAAAUAUAAAUAUAAAGGCAUUGCCAUGGAGCAACCAACCUAGAUUGAACCAAACCCAAUUAAUGAGAAACAAUCACUCAAUUUACCUUAACUGAAAAAAAUUAAAACAAAACUUCUACUAUUUAAUUAUGUAAAUUUAUUGAGACUUCUGUUUUUUAUGAAACGUUAAGUGUUAUGCCUACCGUUAAGUUUUAAAACCCACACACCUAAACAAAAUAAAAAAAAAAAAAACAGAAAUGUUUAAUACUACUUAAAACUAUUUUAAAUUAUUUACACAAACCCAAAAUGUAUCUAUUAAAUACUCUAUGCAAUUAAGUUAGUUAAAAACUCUAUGUAAACUUUGGCAUGUUCUAUAUGCAAUACAAAUUAUAUGCAGUUACUUACUACUACUACUAUUCAACUACGGAUGCAUUCGGAAAACCAACGCAUACUUAUAUCAUAUACUAAAAAGUAAACUUACGUAUAUAUAAAAUAAGCAGCGUUAUGUUUAAGCAAGCUGCUUGUCUAGUCUUGCAUGCAUACGGACAUAUAUGUAAUGUAUUAAAAAUAUACCAUAACAACAAAUACAUAUUUACAUUGAAUGUGGUUUAAAAACAAA